AUGAUGGUGGCACUUGGCCGAGCGUUGAUGUUCAGCAGUCAUCAAAGAGCUGCUGUUCGUGUACCGCUGUUGAGGUUCUACCAAGAGCUACAAACGUUCACGGAUCGAGCAAUUUUCGACUGUGCGCAAACGGUGGAAGCUGUUGAACGGGCACGGCUCGAAUAUCGAGGCAGUUUGCUGUGGAUGAAGAAAACCAGCGAAGAGCUAGAUCCGGACACGGACCGUCAGCUGGAAAAAUUCCGUGAAGCCCAAUCGGCAGUUCGAGUGAACAAGGAGAAGCUCGACAAGCUCAAAAUUGAUACUCUGCAAAAGGUCGAUCUUUUGUCUGCGUCUCGUUCGAAUUUGCUCUCUCAUCUGCUCGGAAAAUAUCUGGAUAUGCUGUGUGCCUUCUAUGAGAAAACGUGUCGCGCUUACUCAGCUCUCUCAGCGAAUUUAUCAACGUUUCAACACUAUGAAUUCGAAAUUUUGACGGAUCUCAUAGAGCCAUCGAGAAAAGCGGCAAGAAAAGUGCGACAAGCGAGCUUGGAUAAGGAAAAGGAGACUGGUGAGCCCGAGUACUCCCGUGUGGCGAAUGAGGAGGGACCGGAGGAGCCUGUAGAAAAGUAG